AAUUGCUCAACUAAAGACGCCCUUCCUUUAUUCUUUCUGUCCCUCUUCGUCCCCACCGAUUCUCUCUUCUCUCUCGAAAAAUCAAAUCGUUUCCACCCUCCAAUGGCGAUCGUUUCAGAGACCCAACCGCAAGAGCAGGCUUCUUCAGAGACCUCGGAAACAGAGAACAGGAGAUGGAUGCUUAAUGACUUUGACAUUGGAAAGCCACUUGGACGAGGAAAAUUUGGUCAUGUCUACCUUGCAAGAGAAAAGAGGAGCAAUCAUAUUGUGGCUCUAAAGGUGCUCUUUAAAAGUCAGCUGCAACAAUCACAAGUGGAACAUCAGCUACGGAGGGAAGUUGAAAUACAAAGUCAUCUACGUCACCCCAAUAUACUACGUCUUUAUGGAUACUUUUAUGACCAGAAACGAGUGUAUCUGAUCUUGGAGUAUGCUGCCAAGGGAGAGCUCUACAAGGAACUCCAGAAGUGUAAAUACUUCAGUGAAAGGCGUGCUGCUACUUAUGUGGCAUCUUUAGCUCGCGCGCUGAUUUAUUGUCAUGGGAAGCAUGUAAUACACAGAGACAUCAAACCAGAAAAUCUGUUAAUUGGCGCACAGGGAGAACUCAAGAUUGCAGAUUUUGGGUGGUCGGUGCACACAUUCAACCGCAGACGAACGAUGUGUGGCACACUGGAUUACCUCCCACCUGAGAUGGUGGAAAGCGUGGAGCACGAUGCUAGUGUAGAUAUAUGGAGCCUUGGUGUUUUAUGUUAUGAAUUUCUCUACGGGGUCCCUCCUUUUGAGGCCAAAGAACACUCAGACACUUAUAGAAGGAUAGUGCAAGUGGACUUGAAGUUUCCCCCUAAACCAAUUGUCUCCUCUGCUGCAAAGGACCUUAUUAGUCAGAUGCUCGUAAAGGAUUCUUCACAGCGCCUUCCGUUACAUAAGGUUCUUGAACAUCCAUGGAUCAUCCAAAAUGUUGAUCCCUCGGGCGUCUAUAAAAGUUGAUCUACUUCUGUAAAUGUUGGACACAUCCGAUCCUGACAGCCAUAAUGGUGGGGUUUUUAAAAUAUCAGUUGGGGAAUCAUAUGGUAAGAUCUUCGUCGUGAAACUGUAAUUGAUCCAGAUCCUUGUAUUGGUCCUUUUAUGAAACUGCAUUCUGAUAGCUCUAAGUUUCCUUAAGUUCAAAAUCAAAUACACGAAGAUCAUCUGAUGCAAAUGUGAUCGCCCUAUGCUUCAGUGCAAUGUAGAAUAAGACAUUGAUUUGUUGACAUUGUUUUAUUUGAUUCAUUUGUUAUAAUCAUAUGGCAUCUACAAUUCUCAGGAGC